GAGGGAGGGAGUGUUGGACGUGAAAUAUAUAUACAUAUAGACGGAGAGAAAGAAGAUAGGAGUAAGUUAAGAUGUGGAAGCUGAAGCUUUCAGAGAAGAAUGAGGAUGAGAGGCUAAGAAGCGUGAACAACCAUAUGGGAAGACAAUUCUGGGAGUUCGAUCAAGAUCUUGGAAGCAAAGAAGAGCGAGCUGAAGUUGAACAAGUUCGCCAGGAAUUUAACAAGAACCGUUUCAAAUAUAAACACAGUUCUGAUCUCUUAAUGAGACUCCAGUUUGAAAGGGAAAAGGUCAUAAAGAGGAAGACAGAGAAUGAAAGGGAGGAGGACAUAAGUGAGGAAGUUGUGAGAAGAACACUGAAAAGAGCCCUGAGAAGUCUCUCAACCCUGCAAGCUGAGGAUGGUUUCUGGCCAUCUGACUAUGGCGGCCCUUUGUUUCUUUUACCUGGAUUGGUAAUUGGAUUGUGGGUAACUGGGACCCUUAAUGCAGUGUUGCAGAAGGAGCAUCAAAGCGAGAUGCGGCGGUAUAUGUUGAAUCACCAGAACGAAGAUGGAGGGUGGGGGUUGCAUAUAGAAGGCCACAGCACAAUGUUUUGUACAGCACUGAACUAUGUAAGCUUGAGAUUGCUUGGAGAAGAAGUGGAUGGUGGAGAAGGCAGCAUGCAGAAAGCAAGGGCCUGGAUUCUUCAUCGUGGUGGAGUCACUCACAUUCCUUCAUGGGGCAAACUCUGGCUCUCUGUUCUUGGCGUAUACGAAUGGAGCGGCAUGAAGCCAAUUCAGCCGGAGAUUUGGCUGCUUCCCUACUGUGUUCCUUUCCACCCAGGAAGGAUGUGGUGUCACACUCGAUUAGUGUAUUUACCAAUGUCGUACUUGUAUGCGACAAGAUUUGUCGGUCCAAUCAAUGCAGUUAUUUUAUCCCUCAGAAAAGAGCUCUACACCCUUCCCUAUCACUUACUUCACUGGGAUGACGCAAUGAAUUUAUGUGCCACGGAAGAUAUGUACCGUACUUGUCCAAUGAUGCAGAAUAUUUUAUGGAGUUUUCUUCACAGUGUAGGAGAACCUCUUCUCAUGCGAUGGCCCUUCUCCAAGCUAAGGCAGAAAGCACUCCAUCAUGUAAUGCAACAUAUACACUAUGAUGAUGAAAACACAAACUACCUUUGUAUUGGACCCAUCAGUAAGGUACUAAACAUGGUUUGCUGUUGGGUGGAGGAUCCCAAUUCCGAAGCAUUUAAGUGUCACAUUUCAAGAAUCAAAGACUAUCUCUGGGUGGCUGAGGAUGGAAUGAAAAUGCAGGCAGGGAAAAGGUACCAAGAUGACCACAGCAUUAGAAGAGCAUGUGAGUUUUUACUUUCCCAUCAACAACUUUCUGGUGGGUGGGGAGAAAGCUAUCUUGCAUGUCAACAAAAGGUUUACAUGAAUCUAGAAGGAAACAAGUCUCACGUAGUGAACACUGCAUGGGCUAUGUUGGCACUCAUUGAAGCAGGACAGGGUCAAAGAGAUCCAAUCCCAUUGCAUCGUGCAGCCAAGGUUUUGAUCAAUUCACAAAUGGAAAAUGGGGAGUUUCCCCAACAGGAAAUCAUGGGNGUGUUCAAUAGGAAUUGUACUAUCAGUUACUCUUCCUAUAGAAACAUAUUUCCAAUAUGGGCCCUUGGAGAAUAUCGAAGUCGUAUAUUGUGUUGUCCUAACAAGUAAAGGAUGGAGAGCAAGAGCAUAAUAAUGAUGUAAAUUACGUCCUGGGAAACCAACUUGUAUAUCAUUUCAAUAAUUACAUCUGCAUACUUAUCUACCUUGUUUGUUGG